AUGGCCAAGCGCGUGGCCUCAGACGCGGGCAGCAUGGGUACCCCUAUGGCUCAACGUCCCGCGUUGGCCCGAUCACCUGAAUCAGAGCUUGACAAUCAACGCAUCUCCGCAACGGUGUACAAUUCUGGCCGGGUCAGCAAGAGCCACAAGAGCCACAAGAGUCAAAAGAGUCACAAGGCUCACAAAAGCCAUAAAGGCCACAAGUCUAGCAGCCGACCCAAAAAGGAGGUUCGAACGCAAACCUGCCAAACCAGCACCACUCUAGAGGACUUGACCCUUCUCGCCAAAACCGCCGCCGACAAAGAACUCGCGCAAGCACGCCCCAGCGUGACCCUCAUCAAGGCGCUCGACCACGACAAGAGCCAGGCAAACAGUCCAAACCAUGGCCAUUUGCCCAGCACAGGCGAGCCAUCUGCUGUCGAGCCCAACAAUAGGCAUCACAGUGUGACAAGCAGCAACGGCCACAGCAAUGGCCUCAACAGCCCGACCAGCCACAACAACACGGCCACCAACAGCACCGCCCACACGCCCAGCUUACCGGUGCCCAUUGUUAAGCCACAGGCCGCCAACGCCCCUCACCCCACCUUUUCAAAUUCGGACAUCACCCCAUCCCAGCCCCAGCCACGAGCCCCUCAGCCCUCAACUGCAAGUUCGCGGCAUCAAGCCGUCGUGGCCGUGUCCAAAGCCAGCUCUUCUUCGAGCGUUGACAGUGAACGCGAUGAACAUGCCCACCAGCAGAGCCGCGACUCAUCCUCCUCGAGCAGCUUGGCGGAAGGGGAGUCAAGCCGCCACCCCGUGCAUCACUCGUUGACUACCGCUCCAAGCACCAAGGAGCAAAACCCACCCGUCAAGGCGAAAGCAACGCACGCCACGCAUGCCUCAGGUUUCAACCCAACCCCCAGCAAGUCGAAUCAAGACGCGGCUCCUACCAGCCAAGCACAUGCGCUCUCCCGCGCCCAUAGUGGUGGUGCUUCAACGACGAGUCACGUCAUCCACAUGCCCUUCCAACAACAGGCUGCCAAUCAAGCACAGGCACAGGCCAUGCAGGCACAGGCCAUGCAGGCACAGGCCAUGCAGGCACAGGCCAUGCAGGCACAGGCCAUGCAGGUGCAGGCCAUGCAGGCGCAGGCCAUGCAGGCUCAAGGCCUGGUCAGCCAUGCUCCCUCAGCCUAUCAUGCACCUCAUCUGAUGCAGUCCAACAUGAUGGGGGGUCAGCACACGCACAUGCAACCCAUGAACAUGCCGUUUGCUGCGGGCAUGGCUCCGCAUCAGAUGCAAAUGUAUUCGGCGUAUUCACACCCUCAUCACCAACAGCAGCAGCAGCAACAACAGUUUAAUACCAUGUUUGCCCCCAUGCCUGGCAUGAUGCAGAUGCACCACCCUGGUAUGAUGGCUUAUUCUCAACCCGGCAUGAUGAACAUGGGAUCGGGUAUCAUGCCCCAGCAUAUGACCAUGAGCGGCGCCAUGGUACCCCAACAGCACUACAUGCUGAACAUGCCACAAGCACAACAACAAGCUCAGCAUCAGCCGUCGCAGCUUCAGCAGCAGAUGCUCAUCCCCGCAGUCAGCCUGCCAGCUGCAUCAGCCACCCUGUCUCACGACCCGUCGAGUGGUAGCGCAAACAUGGUGACGGCGCUGGCCAAUAGUGCUCUCCAGCAGCAGCAACAACAGCAACAAGACAAACAGCAGGCUAGACCUCGACCCCGUCUUUUGACUUCGGCCGAUCGCGAAAAGACCUUGAAGAGCCUCAAGCCUCGCCUCAGUCAAUACACACGUAAACUCGCCGCUGCUUUACAAGAGCUGCGUCAGCUGCAAAUGAUGACCACCCCGGAGCUCCUGGCUCAACGCCGCGAGAAGUACAAUGCCGUCAAGACCAAGCAGGGCAUUUGCCAGCAGUGUCUGCGCAAACGCAUUUUGCAUACCAAAUGGCCGCUCUGCCUCGCCUGCAUCAAGCACAACUCUUCUCACCUCAAGCAAUUCAAGCAACGCUUCGCCAUUGAACCGCACAACGACCUUGAGCUUUACAUCUACGGUUUGUUUCUUUCCACCGCUGUUAUGCUCCAGCCCUUUUGCUUGCCGUUCUGA